AUCCCUAAUCACCGUAAAUGUGUACCCUUCUUAUCACAUCAGAAUAACUACGGAUUCUCCGAAACUCAGCUGAUUUUCUUUGUCCUCGCGGUGCUCUUGGCCAAAUCUCACUGCAUUGAAAUUUCUCGGUAAGUAAAUGGUGCCCAAUUUUUUCAUUUCAAGAUUAGUUGCAUCAUCAUCGUUCACUGGCUACAAGGGUAGUCAUCUUCUAUUGGGUUCUCUGUUUCCAUGCAAACACACUGCUUCACUUGUUUUCUUCAAUUAUUUCACUUCAGACACUUCCUCUGAUUCUAAAUCAGAUGGAAAGCAACACAAAGGUUCCACCUUUACUGUGUCCGACCUCAUCAACUCAUGUGGGAUGUCCCAAACUCUGGCUAGGGAACUCUCCAACAGGGUGAAUUUGAAAACCCCAGAUGGCCCAAAUGCUGUCAUUGAUAUCCUCAGCAACUAUGGGUUCUCAAAAUCCCAGCUUGCCAAGCUUGUGAUGAGACAUCCUUCCGUGCUAUUUACAAAUGUAGAGGAUACCCUUUUGCCUAAACUCGAGUUCUUUCGUUCUAUUGGGCUGUCCAACACUGACAUACCUAAGAUCCUGAUUGCCAACCAUGGUAUCUUGAAGAGGCACUUGGAAAACUGCAUCAUCCCUCGCUAUGAGAUCCUAAAGAGUGUAGUUCUUGCUGAUCGGGAAGUUGUUAGAGCUAUUAAAAAUGCCCCACUUGGUUUUGUGUAUGGUGACUUAAUGAAUAGGUUGGUUCCAAACAUUGACAUUUUGAGGGAAUGUGGUGUGUCCCAGGCUUCCAUCACUCACCUGGUGACUAAUUCUCUGUCUGCAGCAUAUGUGGAGCAUUCCAGGUUUGUGGAAGCUAUCAAGACAGCUAAGGAAAUUGGAUUUAGCCCUUUGAAAAUGGACUUUGUUGUUGCUAUUCACGUGCUUGUAACUAUGAGGAAAGAAGUGUGGGAGUCAAGGUUUGAGGUUUAUGAAAGGUGGGGCUGGAACCGGGAAAUGGCUCUUCGAGCAUUUAGGAAGUUUCCCAGUUUUAUGAAGUUUUCAGGGGAGACAUUUUCCAGAAAGAUGAGUUUCCUUGUGAAGGAUAUGGGUUGGUCAUCAGAAGCUAUUGCUGAAUAUCCUCUAGUUGUAGCCUACAGCUUGGAGAAGAGGAUUAUUCCUAGAUUCUCUGUAAUAAAAAUCUUGAAAUCAAAAGGUCUCCUUGAGAAAAACGUGCACUUUAGUUCCAUUAUUUGCACAACUGAGGAAAAGUUCUUGGAGAAAUUUGUCGUCAAUUUUCAGAAUGUUUUGCCCCUCUUACCAGACCUCUACAGAGGUUUGCUCAAUCAAUCUAAUGUAGUGUAGCAUUUGGUUGUUUUUAUAGCUAUGAUUCUUUCUAGCUUCAAACCUUUUAAGUUCAAUCCUAAUUAGAUCUUUAGUUUUUCUUGUUUUCACAUUUUGUGCCAUUUGAGUUCUAUUUUGAUACUGAUUGUAUAAAUAAAUAAGCUGAUAAAUCCCUUUACUGGUGAUUUCCACUUUCAGUAUCUUGGUUAAUUUAUCUCCAUUUCCGUUGUA